AAUGAGAAAAAAUAAAUAAUCAAGUUCUAAGAUAGUUAACCCGAGUUAGCUAUUUAACUAUGGUUAGGGUUAACUAAACUGUGGUUAAUUUAACUAAGGGUAGUGGUUAAGGUUGGAAUAGUUGAAAACUAAUAAAAGAGAGUAGCAAGUCUUCCUUAACCAAAAAUAUCACAUUGAGUUCUUGGUGAGAAGCUAUAAGAACAAGGAUCAUUUCUUUUGUUCUAACACACAUUAAGAUAUGGGAGAUGAGAAGAGAGGUAGCAUUGCAUUUUUCUCAACAUAUAGACCACCACUACCAUUGGACAUAUACUCGUCUCCUCUUUUAGUAACAUCAAGAAAAGAUGAGCUUCACAUGACUGAUGGACUUUCUUACAAUUACAAUGCCCAAAUCAUUCCAUCAAAUGCUCUUAAAAAGAUUCUCACUCGACCAAAAAUGGCUUCUGAAGGCAAUGAGGCCGAUGUAGACUCAGGUCGACUCUCGGCCAUGGUUUUUGUCUCUGAGCGCGAAAACCUCGAAACACUUCACAUUGCUCUCCAAUUCAAAAAUGAUGAUGAAAACUCUCUUAGAGUGAAAGUCUUUAGUUUUUCUGAUGUUUUCGACACAUUCAAUGGUAUUCGAAUGGAGGAUAGCGGUUGCAUUGCAGGUGAUUAUCUUGUUUAUGUCACCACCAAAGAUGAAUCGAGAGAUCGUCGUCAACCAUGGACUGCUGUCUACAAAACUAACCUUAAGACUUCCAAAACUAGUCGCCUUACUCUAAAAGGAGUUGCUGAUUUAAGUCCAGCAGUAUCACCAUCUGGAAAGCAAAUAGCAGUGGCAUCAUUCCAGAAUUAUGGGGGCUGGGAUGGCGAAAUCGAAGAUCUUAAGACUGAUAUUUUUGUGAUGAACACCGACCCACCCUUGGGUCGCAAAAUGGUUAUAAGGAAUGGUGGUUGGCCGAGUUGGGGAAGUGAUAAUGUCAUAUUUUUCCACCGCAAGGUUGGAGAUUUUUGGGGUGUAUUCAGAGCUGACAUUAGCAAAGGUCGCGCAACAGAAUUCUUUCGUGUCACUCCUGAUGGAAUAGAUGCUAUGACUCCAGCAGCCAUCAAUGCUACUACUGUGGCUGUUGCAACUAUUCGUCAAAAAUCUAAAUUUAGUGACAUUCGGGUAGGGACACAAUAUCGACACAUUGAAGUUUUCGAUUCAACUGGACAACAAAACCCUAGACAAAUUACGAUGAACAUAAGACCGAAAGCCGACCAUUUUAACCCUUUUGUAAUAGAUGGUGGAAAGCGCAUUGGUUACCAUCGUUGCAAGAGUGAAAUGUUGAAGAGUGGAGACGAUAUCGAAAGACAAUUCCAUAAGCUUGAGUCCCCACAAGAAGAAGUAGGGUUGUUUAGGGUUUCAGGAGUGUUUCCAACAUUUUCUCAAGAUGGCUCAAAGCUUGCCUUUGUUGAUAAUGAGUUCAAAGCUGUGUGGGUAGCCGAUAACAAAGGAUUGCGUAUUGUUCAUGAGACAAAAGGCCCAGACAACAUCUUCGCACCAGUGUGGAACCAAAAUCCAGAAAAAGAUGUAUUGUAUGUAUGCAUGGGACCAUCUUUCAAUGCUAACAAAAAACUUGACAUUUGUGCUAUUCCUCAAGUCUCAAGUGGUAGAGGACAUUAUAAAAUUCUCACAGCACUUAGCAAUAAUGCAUUUCCUUCUACCAGUCCAGAUGGAAGUAAAAUAGUAUUUCGAUCAACAAGAGAUGGAGGAGAAAAAAAAUACAAGAAUUUAUACAUAAUGGAGGAUGCAGAAAGUGGAGAUUAUGGAAAUGGGGAAAUAACAAGGUUGACAAAUGGGCCUUGGACUGACACACAUUGCCAAUGGUCACCAAGAGGUGAUUGGAUAGUUUUCUCUUCAACAAGAGACAAGCCAAAAGGGGCACCAGAGACUGAUAAUGGCCUUGACCCAGGAUUCUUUGCUGUGUUUAUAGUAAAGGCAAAUGAUCCUUCUGUGGUGAUAAGAGUGUUGGGAAGUGGAGAUGAUCUUGGUGGGCAUGUAAACCAUCCAUUCUUCAGUCCUGAUGGAAAGAGCAUUGUUGUGACUGCUGAUCUUGCUGCUGUGUCUGUUGAUCCAAUCUCUUUGCCUUUGUUUUUGCACUCUGUUAGACCUUAUGGAGACAUCUUCAGUGUCGAUAUUGACCCGGAUGACAUUAACAAAAACAAGAAUGUGAAGAACUUCAAACGUCUUACACAUAGUAGGUAUGAGAAUUCUACUGCUAGUUGGACAAUGUUUUCAACUAAUGACCCAAAAGCAUCAUGGAAUCUACUAUUGAAGGAGGACUAUGAUUAUGCACCUACUUGCCCUUAUGCAUAUCCUGAUGGUGGUGAAAGUUGGCACAUGACUGGUCACCUUUGUAUUCCUAAAAGAUGUUGUUGAGUAAUUAAUUAUGUAUCGAAAUUUAUGUAGUAAAACUUUUUAAAGGAUUGUUCUGUAGAUUUUUAAUUUAUUUUGGUAUUUAAAAAAAAAUUUAGUUUAUUUUUUUUCUCUUUUCAUGAUCGCGUACAUGUUGUAGCUAUUUAAGGCAACUAGUAAAAUUUUCAAAAAAUUCUGAAUGAUUUACAGUGUCAAAAUUUAGAUUUAAACAAUUUCUUACACUGUAUUAUAAGAAAAAAUAGUUGUGUAUGCAAUAAAAUAAGUAAAUUUUAUUUUCGACAUUGUAAAUUAUUCAAAAUUUUUUGAAUAUUUAUCCGUGAUCAUAAAUAACUAUAACAUAUACGAUCAUGAAAAAUAAUAAAUUCGUAUGCCAAAAUAGAUAAGAAGUGUAGCAAAUAUUGUAAACUUACCCAUUACAUAUAUGUCUUUGUUUCUCAUUUUACUACGUACGAGUAAUGAAACUUUGUGAGACCCAUCAUAAAUCAAUGUGAUUAGUUAUGUUGUA